AUGUUGUUAGUGCUCAAACUUAGAAAUAAGACAACAACACGUUCACAGACGAUCACUGACGUUCACAGAAGAUCACCGUCGUCGACCGCUGACACUACACGUUCACAGGCGAUCACUGACGUUCACAGAAGAUCACCGUCGUCGACCGCUGACACUACACGUUCACAGGCGAUCACUGACGUUCACAGAAGAUCACCGUCGUCGACCGCUGACACUACACGUUCACAGGCGAUCACUGACGUUCACAGAAGAUCACCGUCGUCGACCGCUGACAUUACACGUUCACAGACGAUCACUGACGUUCACAGAAGAUCACCGUCGUCGACCGCUGACACAACACGAUCACAGACAAUCACCGACGAUCAUUGA